AUGCACGAAAUCGUGACACUACAGUUCGGCCAGCAGGCCAACUACCUCGGUACGCACUUCUGGAAUGCCCAGGAGUCGUAUUUCACGUACGACGACCCGGAAAAAGGGAAUGCAACAGCCGCAGAGCCGUCGCCUGUGGACCACGACAUCCACUUCAGGCCUGGCAUCGGCGCCGAUGGCUCGGAUACCUUCAUGCCCCGCGCGGUGAUUUAUGACCUCAAGGGUGCGUUUGGCAGCUUGCGGAAGAUUAAUGCCCUCUACGAAACCGAGGAUGACGGGAAUGCGGCGUUGUGGCCCGGUACCACAGUCACCCACCGGGCGCCCGCCAUCCCGCCGAGCGCGUACCAGCAAGCCCUCGACACGGGCCUACAGCCGCCCGCGCUGACCAAGGAAACGGUGCGGUACUGGUCCGACUACAACCGGGUCUACUAUCACCCGAAAGGGCUGAUCCAGCUGCACGAGUACGAGCUGCAGUCGCAGUUGAUGCCGUUCGAGAGCUGGGCCGUGGGCGACGAGCUCUUCGACGGCCUGGACAAGGAGCACGACCUGCUCGACCGCGACCUCCGCCCCUUCCUCGAAGAAUGCGACCAACUCCAAGGCCUCCAACUCCUCACCUCCAUCGACGACGCCUGGGGCGGCUUCUCCUCGCGCUACGCCGAGCGCCUCCGCGACGACUUCGGCAAGCUCAGCAUCUGGGUCUGGGGGCUGGAAGAAGAAGCAGCAGAAAAAAAAUCCCGGUCCCAGCGCCUCGCCCAGCUCGCCAACCACUCCCUCUCCCUCCACAGCCUCGCCUCCACCGCCUCCGCCUACAUCCCCCUCGCCGCCGCCUCAUGCCCGGCGUCCGGCCGCCCGCCGCCAGCGUACCUCGACGGCGCAUCGUUCGACCCCGCCUCGCGCUGGCACACGGCAGCCCUGCAGGCCGCGCUCGUCGAAUCCGCGUCGUUGCCGUCUCGUCUGCGCGACCGCGGGAGGAUGGCGCCGCUGGCGCAGAUGGAGGCGGUGUUCGACAACGGCGGGAACAGGCGCGUCGUGGAGGCGAGGAUGUGCGUGGAGAGGGAGGGGAGGCUGAGGGAGGUGUUGGACGAGAGGGUGAGGGCGAAAGAGAAGGAGCGGGAGGAUGGGGCGGCUGGGAAGAGGACGGGGAGGACGGGUGUUGUGUAUGAGGAUGAGGAGGGGGAGGGGGAGGGCGAGGGCGGGGGCGGGGAGUGGGAUGUGGAUUUGUCGCGGUUGGGGCCGGAGGAGCAGGUUGUGGCGAUGAUGAAGAGGGGGAAGAGGGGUGGUGGUGGUGGCAGGAGGGGGGCAGGAGGGAAGAAGGCGCGACUGUUUGGGCGGGCGGAGGCGCUGAGGGGUGCGUGGGAGGGAGAGGGAGAGGUUGAGGCGAUGAAUCGGAGGGCGAGGGAUCGGUUUGCGGGAGGGCCGAUGGUGCAGAGAUACACCACCCCCCUCCUCUUCCCUUCCUCCCUCGACAGCUACCCCCGCAUCUUCUCCUUCGAUAACGAAAACAACAACCUCGCCAUCCGCACCGGGCUGUCCACGUCCUCGGCCACCUCGGGCCGCCUCCGCGCCAUGGGCUUGCUCGUCGGUCGCCUCGUCGGUGUUGAUGUGCGCGAGGAGUUGUCCAACGGGUUGAAGUCGCUGGCGGAUGAGUAUGAGGAGGGGUGGGAUAGCGGGUUAGAGGACGGGAGUAGUGAGGAUGACGAUGAGUGA